CCGCAACCAGUAGUGGGCGGCAAUAUACCAUUUCCGGUGUUGUCCGCCGUAAAACACCACCACCGAAGAAGAAUAUUAAGGUCAGAUUGAUGCAAGAAGUGAAGAUGCCGACUGCCUACGAGAGGUUCAAUUUGCACACCAGCCCAGAGAAGUUCUACAUUGAGGCCUGUGAUGAUGGGGUGGAUGCAGUUCUGGCCAUCGACAGGGUUUCCAAUGAGAUGACCCUGACUGGGAAAAAGGAUGUUCCGUCAUCAGCCAACACCAGGCCCAUCUGUGGCAUCAUGGGAACUGUCCGCCUGGUGGCAGGGAUGUACCUGAUUGUCAUCACCAAGAAGAGGAAUGUGGGCAGCCUCUUGGGUCACGCUGUGUGGAAGGCAGUGGAUUUUGAUGUCAUAUCCUACAAAAAGACUGUGCUUCACCUCACUGAGAACCAGAUGCAAGACAACAAGACAUUCCUGUCCAUGAUUAACAACGUGCUGACUACAGAUGGAUUCUACUUCUGCACUGACUAUGACCUGACCCACACCCUCCAGAGACUGGCUGACGUCAGCCACGACUUCCAGGAGAUGAGCCUGCUGGAGAGGGCAGAUCAGAGGUUUGUGUGGAAUGGAAGCCUCCUGAGAGAGUUCCAUGCCCAGCCGGAGCUCCACAAGUUUGCGAUCCCCGUUGUCCAUGGCUUCAUCGUGAUGAAACCGUGCCGUGUCAACGGGAAGAUCUUUGAAUGGAUCCUCAUCUCCAGGAGGAGCUGCUUCAGGGCUGGGGUCAGGUACUACGUCAGAGGUAUCGAUUCUGAGGGCCACGCUGCUAACUUUGUGGAGACUGAGCAAAUAGUCCUGUACAAUGGAGGAAGGGCUUCAUUCGUACAGACACGAGGCUCCAUGCCCUUCUUCUGGUCUCAGAGACCCAACCUGAAAUACAAGCCCAAACCACUGAUCAGCAAGAACACUAAUCACAUGGAUGGUUUCCAGAGGCAUUUUGACUCCCAGGUCCUCAUCUAUGGAAAGCAAACCAUUCUGAACCUGAUCAACCAGAAGGGUUCAGAGAAGCCACUGGAGCAAGCCUUUGCCAAGAUGGUGUCUGGCAUGGAGAACGGCAUGAUCAAGUACGUAGCAUUUGACUUCCACAAGGAGUGCAGUGGCAUGAGAUGGGAUCGUCUGAAUAUCCUGGUGGACAAUGUGGCUGAGACGCAAGAUGAAUACAGCUACUUCAUGGUCGACACAGCGGGGAAGGUGUUGUCCCAGCAGAAGGGGACGUUCCGCAGUAACUGCAUGGACUGUCUGGACCGUACCAAUGUCAUCCAGAGCAUGCUGGCCCGCCGUUCCAUACAGUCCCAGCUUCAGAGGAUGGGUGUCCUGCAUGUGGCCCAGCGGAUUGAGGAACAGGCCGAUUUUGAGAAGAUCUACAAGAAUGCUUGGGCUGACAAUGCCAACGCAUGCGCCAAGCAGUACGCCGGUACCGGAGCCCUAAAGACUGACUUCACAAGGACAGGGAAGAGGACCCAGAUGGGUCUGGUGAUGGACGGCGUGAACUCUGCCAUCCGUUACUACAAGAAUAACUUCUCUGACGGGUUCAGACAAGAUUCCAUUGAUUUGUUCCUUGGAAACUAUGCUGUUGAUGAAACGGACGGCCCCACUCCACUCCGUAUCCAGAAGGACUGGAAGUUCCUCACGCUGCCCAUCAUCAUGGUGGUCGCGUUCUCCAUGUGUAUCAUCUGUCUCCUCAUGGCUGGUGACACGUGGACUGAGACCCUGGCCUAUGUGUUGUUCUGGGGCACUGCUGCCACUGUCACCGCUGCUGUCAUCGUCUUCAACGGCCGGGACUUUGUGGACGCCCCCAAACUGGUGCAGAAAGAGAAGAUGGACUGAACCUGUGUGUGUGUGGAAAGCAGCUCGGCUCAGCAGACUCCUAUACCUCUUCAUUCAACUCUUCUUCUUCCUCCCGGCUGCUCGAGGCUCGGACUCUGCACAUAACUGCUCUCUACGCUGUCGUCCUAGGGGCGGGCAUACCAAAUGGCACCCUAUUCACUAUAUAGGGCACUUUAAUGGGGUGCCAUUUGGGAGGUAGCCUUGUAGUUUCUAUUGGGGCUUCUAUUCUAACCUUGAACUCCUGUUUAUCAGGCAGCAAACCCGUUGAGCUGAACUGUAGUCUCCUAUCAGACACUCUCACCUCCUUCACUUUCCAGGCCAUCAUCCUAUUCCACAUUCCUUAGAUCAUGGUGUCGCAUUUAUUUUGUUGUCUGGUGUUGGAGAGGGUUGGUGGUUGGCGUAGUCGGCCAACCGUGGUGACGGUUUAACCAACUUAAGGCACACGGGGUUAUUAGAGUUCUCGUAAAACACGUCAUAACUUCAAUGAAUUGCAGGAGAAUUCUUCAUUUUCCACGAAGGCAACUUAAAAACAAGAGAAUAUUCAUGUUAUACAUUAAUGAAUGGUUUCUUUGGUUGAAUGUUUCUGUUUACUGUCAUUUUAAAAUGCAAUUAUGCAUUUUAAACUAUAGAAAUCCACAGAGAAACGGUUGGCAUUUUCACAGGCACUAGAAUGACUGGGGUACAUUGUUCAGAAAGUUUUGGUUGUCCUAUUGAACAUGAUAAGCCUUACUAAACUCAUUUUAAAAAGCGCUAUACAACUAAACUAGCUAGUUAUCCUAGAGAAGAAUGACGUGGGGGAGAAUGUCUUCCUACUAUGAACAUAAUCAUGUAUAGUAUUUAUGAUUCUAUAUUUAUAAGUAAGGGUUUUGUGCUUGUCUUACCAUCUUAUUGUUGCAUUUUGGGUGAACAUCUAACAAGUUGCACAUAGUAUUUGAUAUGAGAGGUGUGAAAUCUUUCAAUGUUCAUUCAUUGUUUGGUUGUAGUGGUCAUUAUACCAGUGUUCUCCAACCCUGUUCCCGGAGAGCUACAGUCCUGUAAGUUCAUUCCAACCCUUACCUAGCUCACCUGAUUCUAAUAAUUAGCUGGUUGAUGAGCUGAAUCAGGUUCGUUACAACUGGGGUUGGAGCAAAAACCUGCAGGAGGGUAGCUCUCCAGGAACAGGGUUGGAGAGCCCUGCGCUAAUACCGUAGUUGUCAUGUGGUGGCCAUUUUCCAGCUGUUUAUAAUAACCUUGUCUUGUCAGUGUGUUCUAGUUGACGUCUCACACGUUGGGAAGUGUUAUGGUCUUGCUGAGGGUUUCCCCUAGCACUACUAAAACCCUCAGUGGAUUGAGUUUGAAACUCCUGCUCUAGAUCAGUGUUUUCCAAACCUGGUCCUCCAGUACCCCCAACAGUAACCUGGUCCUUCUGUAGCUCAGUUGGUAGAACAUGGCGCUUGUAACGCCAGGGUAGUGGGUUCGCUUCCCGGGACCACCCAUGCGUAGAAUGUAUGCACACAUGACUGUAAGUCGCUUUGGAUAAAAGCGUCUGCUAAAUGGCAUAUAUAUAACACUAUUGAAACCCUUUACAAGCACACUUGAUUCAACUAAUCGUCAAGCCCAUCAAUGAGUUGAACGAGGUGUGUUUGUAGCCCUUGACAAUUAAACUCUACUGUUGGUGGACCAGGGUUGGAAAACAUUUUUUUUUAGAUGCUGCCUUAACAAGCUCGCCCCUCAAUGGAUGACUGGGUGGACUUAAGAGAAUCAUUCCUUGUUCUCAUGAAUAUGAUUGCGUAUGAUUAAUGGUUUUCAGGGUGUUUCCAGAUGUACUGUAUUCAUUAGAGAUUGUAUUGUAGACUGUUUAUGUUGCUAUGCCUUUCUGUGCCUGCUUUCCAGCUUGGAUUUCGAUCUUGCAUUCAUAAUACAGAAGUAGUUGUCAUGGUGUAAAUAUUCUAGAACAUAAUUGCAAUUCCAUUGCUCAUUUAGAAUGUGUAUAUUGUAAUCUGCCAGUGACUUACUACAAGCAGUUUUAGAUCUUUAGCUAAGUUAAUCAUGUUGAUAUGCUAGAACUGUUUUAUUCAAGCUGGGCAGUGGUAACACCAGAGGGGAGGACCAACUCUAGCUUGUCUACUGUGCUACCGUUGUGUUUCCAUGAACAUAUCCUUGUAAUUAUAUAUACUGUAUAUUUUUACAUUAAGAUUGUAUGCUGAGCACUUAGUUGUAGAUACUAAAUGUGAAGAUCAAGCAGUGACUCUUUGUUUUUCUGGAUGAGACUUUAGAAGAGGUGUUUCCUGGUCUUUCGUGUGAGUCAACAAGAGCAUUUUUUUGAAGGUGUAUGAUUUUUGCCUGGUGAAUAUUUCUGUUUUUAUAUGGGGAUUGGAAACUAUCUUGGGCUUAUGUUUUGAAUGUCUUUAUUUUGGAAUAUGGUUGUUGUAAUUCAUGAUGUGGUAGUGGAUAAUAUAUAUAUUUUUUUCUUUUCUCUU